AUGCACAGGAGGCUUAAUAGCUCUAGGCCUUUGGUGUCCAUAGACCACGAGCUAGAGCAUACUCUAACCCAAUUGAGGAGACAAGCAAGGGAGAGAGGUGAAGACCCACUUCAAGAGGAAGUGAGAAGUUCCCCUACCCCAUCUUCACCCAAUUCAAGCGAGGAGAGUGAAUCACCCACAGGCUCAAAUCCCAACCCAUUUGCCAAUAACCAUAAUCAACAAAGUAUGGGUGAUCAAGGAAACGUGGGUGAUCAAAGGUCACUAAAGCAACUUGGAGCACUCGAUCCAUAUACCUCUCAAAGUGGGAUCCUAGCUCCUACUACCCAAGCAAACAAUUUUGAAAUCAAGCCUAACUUCAUCUCCUUGAUAGAAAAAAGGCAAUUCACGGGUGGUAAGUUUGAGAACCCACAUGAGCAUUUUAAAGAAUUUCUCAAGUAUUGUGACACUAUCAAGAUCAACGGAGUAACCCAAGAGUACAUUCAAUUGAAGAUGUUUCCAUUCUCUCUUAUAGGAGUAGCCGAGCAUUGGUUGAAUAAUGACGUGCCUCCCGGUUCUCUCACAACAUGGAAUGAGGUUACUACGGCAUUUUUGGCAAGGUUCUAUAAUCAUAAGAAGAUUGUCGAGGCUCGUUCUAAAAUUCAAAGCUUUCGCCAAAGGGGAGGUGAGUCUCUAUGUGAGGCUUGGGAAAGGUACAAGGAACUCCAAAGACAAUGCCCUCAUCAUGGCAUUCCCAACUACCAAAUUCUUCAAACUUUCUAUGGAGGCCUUUCACCCCAAAGCAAGACAAGUUUAGAUGCCGGGGCCGGUGGCCCUAUUAUGAGCAAGAGAGAGGACGAAGUUGAAAGCAUAAUAGAAGAUGUGGUCCGGAAUUAUGAGGAUUGGUAUGAAGGUGAGAGAGAAGCCACUUCAAGCAAAGGAACGGUGCAAUCCAUCGAGCAAACCAAUGCCAUCACAAAUCUUUCCAACCAAAUGGCAAAGAUGGCGAAACAAAUGGAGGAGCUCAUGAAAUCAAGCACUCAAAAUACUUCCUCUCCUUCUACCAAGAGAGGCCAUGGUAUGAAUCCUUCUACUUCUUCUCCCUCUAAUUACAAUGCUAUGCCUCCCGGUUGUAUGUUUUGUGAUAUAUGUGGAAACUAUGACCAUAAUUCCGAACAAUGCAUGUCCAUUAAUGAAUAUCAAAGCCCUUCCCAAGAAAAUGAUGAUGAUAAUGUUGAAGAUGUUAAUGCUAUGAAUUUUGUCCCCCGUGAGGGAAAUGUUGGAAUGCGGCCAAAUUGGAAUCAAAACCAAAACCGCGGUUGGAAGCAAAAUCAAGGUUGGAAUCAAAAUCAAUGGAAUCAAAGUGGUGGUAGUUAUGAUAACCAAGGCCAAGCUUUCAUCAAGAAUCAAGAGAGCUACAACAAGAGUCAAGAGGAGGAAAAGAAACAAAUUAAGGCACACAUGAAAAUGCUUGAGACCCAAAUCUCCCAAAUUGCCCAACUAAGUUCUUCAUCCUCCCCUUCUUCCUCUUCUUCUUUACCUAGCCAAGGUGUCAACCCCAAAUCUAUGUAUGCCAUUACCACUAGAAGUGGGAAGAUCCUUGAGAGUGAUUUAAAUGUAGAGAAGAGUUCCGAUAAAGGGAUAGGACUUGAGGUUGAGGAUGAGUCAUCAAGAGAGGGUGAGGUUCUAGAAGGAAGUGCCGAAAAGCAUGAGAGGGGUGAGAGAGAAAAAGAGAAGGAACCCGAAAAGGAGAGCACCAAAGAGCAAACACCUUUACCCCUUAAUCUCCAACCUAGGAAUGAGAGGUUGCCUUUUCCCCAAAGAUUUGCUAGGUCUAAGCUUGAUACCCAAUUCGGAAAGUUUUUAGAAGUAGUUAAAGGCUUGCAUAUUUCUAUACCCUUUGUGGAUGCUAUGAAGGAGAUGCCUCACUACUCUAAAUUUCUAAAAGACCUUUUGAAUGGAAAGAGAGGAGUUGAGACCGUUAAUCUAACCGCAAAUUGUAGUGCCAUUCUCUCUAGUAAGCUACCAACCAAAUUGCAAGACCCCGGUAGUUUUUCCAUUCCUUGUUCUAUCAAUGAGAUCCAUUUGGGGAAGGCUUUGUGUGACCUAGGUGCUAGUGUGAGUUUAAUGUCUUCUCGGUCUACCAAAAGCUCAAUGUGGGAAGCCUUUCACCUACAAACAUCACUCUCUAACUAG